AUGUUGGGAAGUGAGAAAACUCUGACUUGUGCACCUUGCAAUAACAACGUAGGGUUCCUGCAAAGAACCAACAGCCUGGAAGACAAGGGUCGGAUUGUCAACUCCCUGAAGGAGAGGCAGUCCUCCAAGAGCCUGCUGGUGUGCGAGAACAGCGAGAAGGAAUCCAGGUUCCGGCGCACUGAGACAGACUUCUCCAAUUUGUAUGCCAGAGAUUUGCUGCCCGCCAAGAAUGGUGAGGAGCAGACCAUGCAGUUCCUGCUGGAGGUCGUGGACAUUCUCCUCAACUAUGUGCGGAAGACAUUUGACAGAUCCACCAAAGUCCUGGACUUCCACCACCCACACCAGCUCCUGGAGGGCAUGGAGGGCUUCAACCUGGAGCUCUCGGACAACCCCGAGUCCCUGGAGCAGAUCCUGGUGGACUGCCGGGACACACUGAAAUACGGAGUAAGGACAGGUAGGUUCUUGCAUGCUACUCUGGAGAGUCCCUCCUGGGGCUUUUCUCUGUCCCACAGUGAAGGGAGCGGGCUUGAGCCCAUGGAG